CGGUGCUGCCGCCGUUUCGCUCUAGCUUAGCAGACACACACACGCACACACACACAGGUAGAUAAUCAUGGUGAAUGUAAAGAAGCGGAAAGGACGGGUCGUUAUUGACUCUGACUCUGAGGACAGUGCCAGCGAUGAUAAUUUGGAUCAGGAGCUGCUGUCUUUGGCGAAGAGGAAGCGGGUGGACUCGGAUGAGCAGGAGGAGCCAGCUAGCAAGCCAGCGGCCUCCACAGACUCCGAGACCUCCGACAGUGAUGAUGAGUGGACUGUGGGUGGCACCAAGGCCAAGAAGAAGGUGAAGCCGGGGAAAGGGGGUGAGAAGAAGAGUGCAGCGAAGAAGCGGGUGAACAAGGCAGCCUCCUCCGGCAGCUCUGAUGGGGACAGCUCAGCCGAGAGCUCUGCACCCGAGGAAGGUGAGGUGUCUGAUUCGGAGAGCAACAGCUCGUCCUCCAGUUCCGACUCGGACUCGUCCUCGGAGGACGAUGUGUUCCGCGAUGGAUACGGAGACGACCUGAUGGGGGACGAGGAGGACAGAGCUCGGCUGGAGCAGAUGACUGAGAAGGAGAGGGAACAGGAGCUCUUCAACCGUAUUGAGAAGAGGGAGGUGCUGAAGAGGAGGUUUGAAAUUAAAAAGAAGCUGAAAACAGCAAAGAAGAAGGAGAAGGAAGAAAAGAAGAAGAAACAGGAGGAGGAGCAAGAGAAGAGGAAGCAGUCUCAGGUUCAGGACACUCAGGUGGUUAUGUCUCACAACAAAGAAAGGAGAUCCAAACGAGACGAGAAGCUGGAUAAGAAGUCCCAAGCUAUGGAGGAGCUGAAAGCAGAACGAGAGAAAAAGAAGAACAGAACCGCUGAGCUCCUAGCAAAACGGCAGCCUCUGAAAACUAGUGAGGUUUACUCCGACGACGAGGAGGAGGAAGAGGAGGAUGACGACAAGUCCUCUGUGAAGAGUGACCGCAGCUCUCGCUCUUCAUCUUAUGAGGAGGAAGAAGAGAAGGAAGACACUCCCCCGAAAUCGCAGCCGGUGUCGCUGCCUGAUGAGCUGAACCGCAUCCGUCUGUCCCGGCACAAGCUGGAACGCUGGUGCCACAUGCCCUUCUUUGCCAAGACGGUGACCGGCUGCUUCGUGCGCAUCGGGAUUGGUAACAGCAGCAGCAAGCCAGUCUACAGGGUUGCAGAAAUUGUGGAUGUCGUUGAAACAGCAAAGGUCUACCAGUUGGGAUCGACAAGGACAAACAAAGGCUUACAGUUGCGACAUGGAAACGACACCCGAGUGUUCAGGCUGGAGUUCGUGUCCAACCAAGAGUUCACAGACAACGAGUUUAUGAAGUGGAAGGAGGCGAUGAUCAUGGCGGGAAUGCAGAUCCCGACUUUAGAUGAAAUCACCAAAAAGGAGCAAGCCAUCAAAGAAGCUGUCAACUACAAAUUCAAUGACAAAGACAUAGAGGAUAUUGUGAAAGAGAAAGAUCGCUUCCGAAAGGCCCCUCCAAAUUAUGCCAUGAAGAAAACACAGCUGCUCAAAGAAAAGGCAAUGGCGGAGGAGAGCGGAGACGGGGACCGGGUCAAGCAGAUCCAGGAUCAGCUGAAUGAACUGGAGGAGAGGGCUGAGGCACUAGACCGGCAGAGGACCAAGAACAUCUCCGCCAUCAGUUAUAUUAAUCAGAGGAAUCGGAGCUGGAACAUUGUGGAGUCUGAGAAAGCGCUGGUGGCAGAGGGGCAGAACUCCAAGAACCAGCAGAUGGACCCCUUCACUCGGCGACAGUGCAAGCCCACCAUGGUGUCCAAUGCCAGAGACCCUUCUGUCCAUGCUGCUAUCCUUGCUCAUCUGAACCAGAAGUACGGUUCAGGCUCAGCGCCGGACAACGUUGCAGAGAAGAACAAACAGGGACAGCUUGGCCAGAAAGACAAAGAUGUCACCAAGACAACCAGUGACCUGUCUGAGGAUCUUUUCAAAGUCCAUGACUUUGAUGUCAAAAUAGACCUUCAGGUUCCUAAUGCAGAAGCGAAGUCUCUGUCUGUGAGCUCCAAUGCCCUGCCUGUGAAGGAUGGUGCUCCUCGUCGGUCACUCAACCUGGAGGACUACAAGAAGAGGCGGGGCCUGAUCUGAGCUCCUUCCAAUUACAGCUCUCCUUGCAUGUGUCAGUCGGUAGCUCUGGGGGCCCUGAGGCUAGGGGCCACUCCUGUGUGUGUGUGUGUGUGUGUGUGUGUGUG